GUUUAGGCAGUUAAACGACGUUGUUCUGUUCCCAAUCCCAGAGCAAAGCAAACUAUGAGCAAAAUUUCCCCGCCCUAAUACUUCCUUUCCCCAACUCCAAGUCUCCACUGAUUUAAAAUUCUUCAAAUCAUCAAACACUCUCUCAUUUUCUCGGGAAAUUCUGCAACCUUCUUGUAAGCUUUCUCUCCCGCCUUUCCAAUGAACGAACACAGCGUUGAUGAAACAAACAAUGCACAAGAACAAAAGGAACAUGAAGUAGAAGAUCCGGAGCUGCGUAGGCUUCUUGUACCGAACCCAGAAGACCUUCCUCUCACUCCUCCCUCUUCCGUUGAAGCUAACUUCGUCUCUUAUUUCGCUCCAGAUUUUAUGAAGCCAGGACACGACCAAUACAUUUAUCGCCACGCCAAUGGGUUGUGUGUGAUUGGAUUGGCUCCAACCCAUGUGGCAUUUAAGGACGAAGGGGGAAUCACUGCCAUUGAUUUCAAUGUUGGGAAAUCUGAUCGCAGUGGGAUUAAGGUUACUGGAAAGCGCAAGAAGAAUGCACAACACUUGGAGUCCAACUCAGCCUUGUGUAAAGUUUGCAGCAAGGAUGCUACUUAUAUUGUGAGGUGUUGUGUAAAAGGAUCACUUUUGGAAGUGAAUGAUAGAUUAAUCAAGCAGCCAGAAUUGCUUAAUUCAGCAGCAGAUAGAGAAGGAUAUAUUGCCAUUAUCAUGCCAAAACCAGCAGAUUGGCUCAAAAUCAAAGAUUCACUUUUGGGUCUUGAAGAGUACAAAAAACUGAGGGAAGUUUGAUGUUGAGUUUGCAAAUUGUGCUCUUUCAUCACCGACCCUGGAUGAAGAAGAGAAAACAUUGCUGUCUCAUCAUGGUGCAUAUGAGAUUGCUCAUCAUUUGUUCCUUGCCAGAUUACUCGCGGGUGGGAAAGCUUCAUGUGGUAAUGCUUUUGAGAGUCACAAAUCCUAGAAAAUGGUACAUUUUAUUCCCCUGUUUCUGUAUCAUGUAAACCGAUUUAUUUAACUUAUUCAGAAAAUAAAAUGGUU